AUGUUUAAGAAAGCCGUCAAAGAUCAUCCUGGAGGGACAUCUAAACCCCUUCAGUCUAAUUUCCUCCGCGCAAACACCAUCGUCUCCUCCAAACCAGCCCAGCCACAGUCCGCUGGCGUUAAACGAAAACUCGACUUGACCAAUAGCGGGGAAUCCACGCUGGGUUCCCUCCACAGUUCGGUCUAUUUUGACGAGAAUGACUUUGAUGAUGAUCUGGAUCUCGACAUUGAUGAGCCAAUUGCGCUGAAUAUUCCGAGUGCCACAAGCACGACCUAUGCGGCGAAGCCCGACCCCGUUACUUAUCCGACCAUCGACCUCACAUCACCAGAUUCCCGCGAACUGCCGCCGUUCCCGGCAAGUAAACCGCAGUCAGACAUCGCGUAUCCCGAUCUGCCGCCUGCGUCCCAAGAACAGGCUGCGCCGCCCAGUAGCAUCCAGUAUCCGUGGUCGUCCUCCCCUCCCUCCCACUUCCAGCCGCCGCCUAAGCCACGUACGCUGCCGUGGCUGAAGGAGGCCAAGGAGGAGCCUCUCCAAGAAAAGAAGAGCAACCUGAUCACGCCGAAACGCUCCAAGCCCGCAGAGCCUUGGAACAAGAGUGCGAGCGCCAUCAAGGAGGAACAAAAGGAGCUUAGACGGGAAUAUAAGAAAAGCCAAAAGGCCGACGGGGCGCCGAAGCAGAAGGAUAAUGGCAGAGUGGACAAAGUCUUCCUCAGUGAUGAACAACUGCACGUUGUAGAAGCUGUCGUUGGUCAAGGAAAGAGUAUCUUUUUCACCGGCUCUGCAGGUACCGGAAAGUCAGUUCUCAUGAGAGAGAUCAUCAAGAAGCUGCGGGAGAAGUACAAACGGGAACCGGAUCGAGUUGCAGUGACGGCCUCGACCGGUCUGGCAGCCUGUAACAUUGAAGGUGUUACCCUCCACAGUUUUGCCGGUAUUGGGCUAGGCAAGGAGGCUGUUCCUGAACUGGUCAAGAAGAUCAAAAAGAACCAAAAAGCUCGGAACCGUUGGCUCCGUACUAAGGUCCUGAUCAUUGAUGAAGUGUCAAUGGUUGAUGGAGACUUGUUUGACAAACUUGAGGAGAUUGCUCGGCGAAUUCGGAACAAUGGUCGUCCAUUUGGAGGAAUUCAGCUAGUGGUAACUGGCGACUUUUUCCAAUUACCCCCUGUGCCAGAAGGCCAUGGCCGUGAAGCGAGAUUUUCCUUCGCUGCAGCUACUUGGAACACUACGAUUCAACAUACCAUUCUGUUAACGCAUGUCUUCCGACAAAAAGAUCCGGAGUUUGCCUCGAUGCUGAAUGAAAUGAGACUGGGCAAAAUCAGUCCUAAGACAAUUGAGGCAUUCCGGAAGCUCUCUCGGCCCCUUGAUUUUCACGACGCUCUCGAGGCGACCGAAUUGUUUCCAACUCGUUCUGAAGUCGAGAAUGCAAAUUCUCAACGGAUGGGUCGACUCUCUGGCGAGGUGAUGACCUUCAAUGCAGUUGAUUCAGGAACGAUUCAAGAUCCCCAGCACCGUGAAAAGCUCCUGUCCAACUGCAUGGCGCCAAUGACUAUCCACCUCAAGAAAGGUGCUCAGGUCAUGCUCAUCAAGAACAUGGAAGACACCCUCGUCAACGGCUCCAUCGGACGGGUUGUGGCUUUCAUGGAUGAGUCCACCUUCGACCUUUACAAGGACAAUGAAGGCAUCUUCGUGGUUGGGGCCGAUAACGACGAGGAGGAGGCGGCUCUACGUGCGCGAAAGAAGCUUAAGCCCAUGGCCCACAAAGAAGGCGGAGUCGCAGUGACACGAAGAUGGCCACUUGUAAGCUUUGUUCAGCCUGAUGGGACAGAGAGACAUCUACUUUGUCAACCAGAAGCCUGGAAGAUUGAAUUGCCCAACGGCGAAGUCCAAGCUCAGCGCCAGCAGGUGCCUUUGAUUUUGGCUUGGGCCUUGUCCAUUCACAAGGCCCAAGGCCAGACCCUCCAUCGGGUAAAGGUCGAUCUGGGCCGAGUGUUUGAGAAGGGACAGGCUUAUGUGGCUCUGAGUCGUGCCACUUCCCAGGCUGGCUUGCAGGUUAUGCGAUUUGAGCCGCGCAAGGUUAUGGUACAUCCUAAGGUGACAGAAUUCUACUCCAACUUGGUGUCCAUCACCCAGGUCAUUCACGCUAAAAAGAAAAAGUCAAGUGUUGAUGACUUUGAGGAUGAGCUAUGA